AUUUGAAUUUUUUCGUGGCCCAUAUAUUGGUUGGAAGAAUUCUGUGCGUCAUAAUCUAAGCUUAAAUGAAUGCUUCAAGAAGUUGCCAAAAGAUAUGGGCGUCGGAAAACCGGGCAAAGGCAACUAUUGGACUAUUGAACAAAAUUCCGCUUACAUGUUUGAAGAUGAGGGCAGCCUACGACGACGUCCACGUGGCUAUCGUUCGAAAGUUAAAGUGAAAUCCUAUACAUCAGUAAAUGGGUUUUAUACUGCAGCGGCUUAUGAUCCAAAUCUGGACAGUGGAAAUUUUUAUGCUACGCAGCCGUAUGGCUCUUAUGAUUACAGCACAGGCAAUGGUGCCGGUACAGGUUUUGUAGAUGCUUGGAACUCACAUGCUGCACACACUCCAACUGCUUUACCUCAAUAUUCAAAUAUAGCUGCAGCAAGCUCAAGUCUACAAAAUAAUUGCACCACACCACCAUUAGCGCAUACAGUAGCUUCAUCCGCUUUGCCAACAGUGUCCUCAUCCUCUUCUGCCAUAUCACCGUCAUCAACUGCGUCAAGUGCAGCUGCGGUACUACAAAGCUCAAACAACAGCGGUGGCUUAGAUUAUGCUACUGCAUCCAUUGUGGCUGCUGGCUAUCCAUACAGCAGCAGCACCACUGGAGGCGCCUCUUACAACAUUGACAACGGUCUGCGCUCUAUGUCACACUCACAGAUAUCUUCGUUGUCCGGAAUGCAGCAGCAUCAGCACUCAUCCCUCACACCACCAUCCUCAUCAGUUGGCAGUUCUCUCAUCGAUCGCAAGCCACCAAUUUACUUACCCCCGAUGCAUCUAGCACAGCAAUUAAACAAUACUGGUAGCAGCAGUAGUGGACCCUAUGCUUAUGAGCACAUCAAAUACUCGAACUAGGCUGCAGCCAUGAUUUUCAUUAUUUAUAAUUUGAUUUGUUUUUGUAGUUAUCGGAAUAUUUUUAGUUUAAAGUUAAAUAAUGUGGCUAUAGAAUUACACAUUUAGGUGUGUAAAUGCAAAAAUAUUGUAUGUGCAUUUUAAUAGAGAUUUAUAAAACCUCGAAAAUGCUAAAUAUACACGCCAAACUGGAUUACAAGAUCCGCAAAUAUAUUUUUAGAAUGAUUUGGUCACUAUAAGAUAUUGUUUGUUAUAUCCGUAAUGAAAUAUUUUUUAUUAUUUAUA